AACAGUGGCGGUGGUUCUGGACGUGACCGCGUGUGGUCGCUGUCGGGCCUCGUGCGUGGGCACAACCAGCGCGUGUGACGAUAGAGUGGUAGAGAAGCUAAACGCGCUUCUGUACGGAGGGAAUUAUGAAAUCAAACCGUGUUCCGGCACUUUGUUAAGAAUACCAUCAUUCUCUUAUUACAAUAUCUUUAUGAAAUAACCGAGUCAGAGGAAAAGACGCUUGAAAUCAGCAUCGAAAAAUAAACAGGCCCAGGACUGAAUCAGAUCCAGCCCAGCAUGGACGGAGAUGGAGAGGGCCAGAGCCGCUGGUGUCUGUCCCAGGUCAAAGGAGCCGUAGAUGAUGAUGUAGCUGAAGCUGACAUCAUCUCUGCGGUGGAGUUCAAUCAUUCCGGCGAGCUUUUGGCCACAGGAGAUAGAGGUGGAAGAAUAGUGAUCUUCCAGCAAGAACAAGAGAAUAAGAGCCUGCCGCAGUUCCGCGCCGAGUAUAACGUCUACAGCACGUUCCAGAGUCACGAGCCGGAGUUCGACUAUCUGAAGAGUCUGGAAAUCGAGGAAAAGAUCAACAAGAUCCGCUGGCUUCCUCAGAAAAAUGCUGCACAUUUCCUGUUGUCGACAAACGAUAAAACCAUCAAGCUCUGGAAAAUCAGUGAACGAGACAAGCGACCAGAGGGUUAUAACCUCAAAGAAGAGGAUGGCCGCUACAGGCAUCCAUCAUCCCUCACAACACUACGGGUUCCAGUGUUCCAGCCGAUGGAUCUGAUGGUGGAGGCGAGUCCGCGGCGGGUUUACGCCAACGCUCACACCUACCACAUCAACUCCAUCUCAGUCAACAGCGACAAUGAGACGUAUCUGUCCGCUGAUGACCUCCGGAUCAAUCUGUGGCACCUGGACUUCACCGACCGUAGCUUCAGUAUCCUAAAGAAAGUCAAAGAGUGUUUUGUGACUUUGAUCUCUCUCUCUCUCUCUCUCUCUCUCUCUCUCUCUUAUCAGGUUCAUGGUUAUCUCAGGAGUAAGCUGUGCUCUCUCUACGAGAACGACUGCAUCUUUGAUAAGUUUGAGUGCUGCUGGAGGGGUGACGACAGUGAGGUCAUGACGGGCUCCUAUAACAACUUCUUCCGAAUAUUCAAUCGUGACGCCCAGCGUGACGUGACCCUGGAAGCCUCGUGGGAGAACGGCUCCCCCGGCUGCCCGCUCAAGACCUGGCGUGUGUGCACGGGGAGCCGGCGCAAGAGGAGCGAGAUCGGCGUCGACUGCCUGGACUUCAGCAGAAAGAUCCUCUACACCUCCUGGCAUCCGCAGGAUAACAUCGUUGCACUGGCGACAGUCAAUAACCUUUACAUAUUCCAGGAGAAACCCAAUUAGGGAUUUCAAACUGCUUCGUCCCCAUUCCUAGCUGCAGGAGUCAGGUGGGAUACAGGCCAAGCACAACGUCUCUCCUGAAACUCAUAGUCUUAAUAUUAACCACUGUAGUACAAAAAAAACUUUGGUUUAUUCUAUUAUGUUAAUUGAUACACUGUAGGCCGGUGGAAGGGAUUUUUAGUUGUAUUACUGUAUUCGUUUUUUUUUGUUUUGUUUUUUUUUUGCACCUUGUCCGUUUUAGCUUUAAUCAAAAAUAUCACUGGGUUAUCAACAUGCAAUCAAACUGACUUGCAUGCAACCCUCAGAAUCCUGUUUAAUAAGUUUGCAGAAUCAUAAUUAACCAAUUCGACUCCUCACGCACUGAUCUCUCCCUUCUGAACUCAGGCCUGGUGCAACGGGACGUUUCCUUCAGCAAACACUCUCAAAGUCUGACGCCUGACAUUCGUCCACAAGUGCAAUUGACUUGAAGCAGGGUUCCCAAAUAGCUCCAUUAUUCCCUACAUUAAAUCUCUUAAUGGGUACAACUAAUCGUGGCAUUAAUUGUAUGCAAUAUCUUAGUCUUUGAGGAAAGGGAGACUUUUGAAUCGGUCUCUUUUAAUAGUUUUGUAGAGAGACACGUACAUGUUUUAAGUCAUAAGUAAAUGUUUGUGCAGAUGUGCAUGUUUUAUGAUUUUCAGCAUCUUUUGAUGCGUGUCAUUUUAUUUGCAGCUUUUUAAUACAGAAUGGUUCCUAUGAGGUAAAGAAUGCUCUAGAUAUUUUUAUAUGAAUUUUCGAAAGUUGAAAUUAUGUCCUUGACAGUAUUCAGUGUAUUAAUGCUGUUGAUCGGUGCAGAAUGGAAAUCAGAGUGUUUACAUGGAAAUAUCAGGCCUGCUGUAUAUGAACAAACCCUGAAGUAUGUUCCCUUUAUCUUAAUAGUUGUAAAACCCAAAAUGUAAAAUAAAACUUAAUUUUAAGACUGGAA